AUGCGCACUCUGAGUGGAACUUUCGAAGUAACUCGUCUCUAUGAGUCGCUACUUUCUAUGAUCACUCAUUUUUGUCUACAGAACGAUACUAUUCCACAACUCUAUUUUGGACAGAAGCUUAGCAGUACGAGACUAACGGCUGUUCGAUAACUUGAAGAAAUAUUGGAAUUUUACGAUAAAGAUUGUCGAAUCGUCUUCGAUUAUGAUACAGUAGCCGUAGGGAUCGAUGAGAUACAAUCGAUGUUCGUUGAUACAAUAUCCGACGCCGAGUAUUCAUAUGAACUUGUUGAAUAUUUACCAGUACACGGUGACGAUCAAAUCCGGGUUCAUUUGAAACGAACCGACAACUCACAUUUGGCUGUCACUUAUUUAUUUUCUAAAGCAAGUCCUCAAAAAUACACUUUAGUCUUUGCCACGUUUCUUAAUAUCUAA